GCUGACGAAGAAUAAUCUUACAACAAUGGCGCCUGACGCAGCUUUCUCCAAUAUUAGUGACAAAAACGAAUUCACAAAGUUCACAAAAUUCUUAGCUUAUAAAGGCGUCCAAGUUAUAGUAGAAUCGAGGAAAGGACUUAAAAUAGAACCAAAUAGUAAACCACAAUCGUCAGAUUCUGAUUGGUUCAAUCUCCAAAUACCCGACACUCCUGAAGUCAACCAAGCUACAAAGAAUGCUCUUCCAUCAGACAAAAUCCUUGAAACUAUCAGAUCACAACUGCACGUUGAAAUAUCAGUUCAAACGGAAGAUGGUGAUGAAAUGGUCCUCGAGUUGUGGACCUUAGAGUUAGAUGAGAGCCAGUUUGAUACCUCCUUGAAAGCUAUGAACACAGUAUAUUUCCGGAUGGGGAUCUUACUAAAAUCUUUGAUCACAGUUACGAGAAUAACUCCCGCAUAUCACUUAUCAAGAAAGCAGAGGAUGGAAUCUUUUACUAUUUUCUAUAGAGUUUACAGUGGGGAACCCAAAGUGAACGCCCUUGGUGAAUCUGUCAAGAAGAUACAAGCUGGGAUGCUGAAAACUCCUCUAGGAGCUAUAUGCUUCUCAGUUUCAUACAGAACCAACUUCUCUAUAUCCCCAAACCGAACUGAGAAAAGCAACGUGUUGCUAUUAAAGAGCGAUCACUUUGAACUCAGUCCAAAACACGUAAUAUUUGAGUCGAAAAAAAAGAGGGAGCAAAAAAAGGAACCCAAAAAUUUUGGCCCUGUCGACCUAAAUAAACCAUUACGAAUGGCAGCUUUUGCGGAUGAAGAUAUUAUCAUGCAGGUCUUCGACGAUUUCCUCACUAAGAUCCCGGUUCCAAAAUGCAGGAAGCGAUCUAAAGCUCAAAUUAAAAGUAGUGCUAUGGAGAUGCAAAGCACACGAGAUCUGGACCUCACAACUAUUUCCAAAAGUCCGACCUCAAUGGAAAUGCCACCGAAGAAAUUCUCAGGUUUCCGAAAUGAGAAUGAACCACCAUUAAAGCUCCUACAUUUUCCUUUCGCUGAUGAUCAUCCAAUUAGAGAACUUGCGGAGUUUUAUAAAGACUUCUUCAACGCUCCACAUUUGAAGUUAGCUGAUGAUCUCGCAAGAUCGAAAUCCAAGAGUCCCGAGUCAGUUAAAGAGAUGGAAUUGGCAAGUGAGGAUUUGUCAAGGGACCUUGAGGUGUAUGAGAACUCUGUACUUGAAUUUGAUGAGUUGAUUGCUGAGAUGUGCAGAUCGGCAGAAUGGAGCGGGAAUUAGGGAACAAAGUGAGACCAUGAAAAUGGUGUAGGAUGACCCACUUCUCAAAAGCGCGCUGUGCGACUUAUGCUUAUGCACAAAUGAUUAUAUUGCGCUUUUAGUAUAAUUAUUGAAAUCUGCAUUGUAUAAAGUUUGCCAUUAUAGCUUUAUACUAGUUUCUCUGAGCAUUAAGAAGUGAGUUGCCCUACCAUAUUUAGAGGUCGGUGAAGGAUUGAAGACUGAUUAAUCUGGACGAUUUUAUAGUUCUGAAUACUUGAUAAGGGGUGUUUGUGAUGGCAAUGGACUAUGAAUGAUUUCAUUUCAAUGAACAAUUAUCCUUAUAACGUGAUGUAAAUACAAGCUGGUCUAAUGAUGAUUUUGCUAAUGUUUUGUUUCUACUAUACUUAUAAUAUUCAAUGUCUGUAAUGUCUUAUUCGAUAAAUGUAUGAAAUAGUAAUUGAAAUUGUAUUAGGAUUGCCUUUAUUGUCUUGUAAUUUACUAUAAUAGUAAUGCACUGCUCUCCGUAAUGUUAAUAAUGACGUAUUGAUAAUAUAAUAAUGUAUGUUUGUGAACUUUUAGUUUAUAUUCUUGAUUCGGUGUAUGGUUCCAAAAAUGCAGUAUCAUUCUGCUCAAUGUUAGUGUUUGUAUAUAUUAUUGAAUAUACAUUUUAGUUUGCAUCGUU